AUGAGCAGCGUUUCAUGUUCAUUUUGGGCAGCCAGAGACGAGCACUGCCAUCGCUACGGUCCCCCGCAAGGAACACUUUGUGACUGUGUAAUGUUUGUCAGGCUCCCGGUGCUCCCCUUCUCUCUUGCACCGUAGCUAACCCGAGUGUUACCGGCUUUCUCGUCCACCUAAAAACCGCGUGUGCUACCGCUGGCGCUGGCGAGUUUCUGUGGUGGAUCGCUAUGGAUGUGCUAUGGAUGGUACCGCUGCUGCUGAUUCCACUCCUGAUGUGGACGAGCAGCACGUUUGUUUUUUAUUUCAAGAAGUGCUUUUACGUCGCCUGGAUGAUGUUCUUGGCCUUGUUUGCGAUCCCUCUGUGCAUACUGAAAAGCGGAGGCAGAGACAUUGAAAACAUGAGGAUUAUCCGCUUCCUGGUUCGUCACGUGAAGUAUUUCCUGGGUCUUCGGUUUGAAGUGAGCGGUUGGGAGCAUCUACAGACAGAGGGACCCUAUGUCAUCAUCUCCAACCACCAGAGCUCCCUGGAUGUUUUGGGCCUGAUGGAGAUCUUACCAGACCGCUGCACCAUGAUUGCCAAGAAGGAGCUGAUCUACGCUGGCACAGUGGGCCUCAUCUGCUGGCUGGGCGGCAUCGUCUUUAUCAACCGCAAGAAGACCAGCGAUGCCAAGAGUGUCAUGGCUGGUGCUGCCAAAACCAUGUUGGACGACCAGAUUCGUCUGUGGGUGUUCCCAGAAGGAACGCGAAACCAGAGAGGUGACCUGCUGCCAUUUAAAAAAGGUGCUUUCCACCUGGCAGUUCAGGCACAAGCACCCAUCAUACCCGUCGUUUUCUCCUCCUACAGCAACUUCUACCUACGAAAAGAAAAGCAGUUCAAAUCAGGGACCAUCAGAUUGAAGAUCCUUCCAAAGAUCGAGACAAAGGGAAUGACGUCAGACGAUAUUUCAUCCUUGUCUGACAAAUCCUUCAACCUGAUGCGCUCUGCCUUCCUGGAAAUCUCUGACUCCGUAACCCAGAGCAACGGGCCCCUGAGGCACUGAACAUUUACCAUACUCCCACCUCUCUUUCUCCUAUGUCCCUGUCUGAGACCCAUCCCUCCCCCAGACCUCCCCGCUCCCCCCAGGUUGUCCCACCACCUGGCCAGGAAACAACAUGACACAGGUCUCUUGUCAUGAAAUCUCUUCUUGUCUAGUUGACGCCUGGUCCAGUCCGCCUCUGGCCUGACCAUACAGCACAGUCAGUCCCGACCCUCACUGUGUCUGCAGCAGCACGCCGUGAGCGGAGUGACGGACGGCAAGCCGAACAGUGUGGAUGUGUGUUGUUCUUCAUGCAUGCCUUUUGGAUGGCUUUGUCCACCUCCUUGCUUUGAUCUCUGGCUUUGGGAGCCUGGUUUUGUUAUUUUCUUACUUUAUCGCCAUUUUGUACUUUUUAGCAGACAAACCUCGACAUUUUCUCUUUUCUGUUCAUAAAUGUCAGUGGGUAUUUAUGUGUUUCUCUCAUGCUGCCUUUGUUCUAGUUAUCUUUGGACGCUCACGCACACACACACACACACACACACUCAUUUAAAGUACCCCAUCUCCUUCCUCCCUUUCCUUUUAGUGUUUUCUCCCCCUUUCUGCAUUCCAGUCUCUUGCCUAAAGACAAAAGGAGCGGGGGUCUCCACGAGCGGUGGAGUCCGUGGAGGUGAGAGGUCGACGCCGGUUGACCGUGGGUUUCUUUGGUUCUGUCGCUAUGAAUUCAGCUGUGCAUCCACAUUGGCUCUUCAGCUCAUACGACCAUGACAUACUUCAUGAUGUCAGAAAGCAAGGAAUUCAAGGUUACAAGAUGCAGUGUAUAACAAUAGCACCCAUCUGUACUGAAUUAAUGGACUUCAGUGGACUGAUCAGUUUUCAGUGUUGUGCAUUGUUGGUGUGCCAUUGUGCUUUCUUUUAGUUUGACUCCAAAAGUUUAGAAAUAACCUGCGUGCAGCAUCGAGCAGCAUCGAGCAGCAAGUGUCUUCUGGCCGUAUUCUGUGUCUUUGCUCUCUAUUUAUUUCCACAUUGGAUAAUCUUCUGUUUCUUAUUUUAUUUUUUUUAUUUUCUUUUGUUUUAGAAACGAUCACACAUUUUUGCUCCUCCUCAGAAAGAAGUCACAAAUGAACCUAUUUAAGAUGUGUCAAAAAAAAAAGGUGAUUUCAUAAAGUGCAAUGUCCAACGGAUUUAACAUUACUGUUCCGAAGUGCGAGCCACCUGCUGUGCCAUGACAAUUUUUUUUUCUUUUUUCUUUUUUUCGUGACGUUUCCAGUGUAAGCCCAUUUACUAACUCAUGCUCACCUGCUUAGUAGAGUCAUCCACUGACUGAUUGCCCUUUACCAAUAAUGUAAUGCAUUUACCAGUGAUUUAAGGUGGCUCUUGCUGUAAAGAGGAGAGUAAAACUUGUGUUGAGUUAUGGAUUGAAUUAUUUAGACUUGUUUGACUUUGUGCAAAUAUAAAUGUUCUGAUGAACUUGAAGAUUCACUAAUUACUAACAGUCCCGACUGCUCAAGUCUACAUCUCAGAAGAGUUUGAUUAUUUAAAAUUUAUUGUGUUAUGAAGGUGAACAUAACACCGUUGUGAUGUUCUCAUUCAGUUAUCGCUUACCCUCAUAGAGAAUUUUUAGACUAUUUAAAAAGUUGUGGAAAUUUUGGCCUUAAGUUUGAUUGGUUGUCGUUGUUGUUGUUGCACUUUGGAUUGUUCAGCUCGUUUGCUUAUGAUCAGUUUUUGUGUUGUAAUUUGUUCUGACAAUGACUUAAAACCAGAUAGAAAACUGACUGAACUGUUUUUAGUUUACAUCCAGGUCUUAAAUUUAACAUUGCUCACUGCCUUUACACUGUUUGCAGAAUCACUUGUUUUGCCACUUUUGCCCAUCAAACACCAUCUGAGAAUGUAUUUCAGCAUUCAGGAUAUUUGUGUACUACUAAUUGCAUCUUAUUGUUUUAUUAUAAUUAAUUUUGAAGUUAUUAUUUUAAAAAAGGAUGCUGUCUUGCAUACAGUUGGCAUCAAAUCAAAGAAAUGUAUUUAUUUGAGCAUUAAAUGUUGAGUUUCGACUGACGCACACAGA